UUUCCUGGUUAUUCUCAGGAUACUAAACGCUCUCCAUAAUCAAACAUUAUCGUAUUUUGAAAGAGAAUCGAUAUCUCUCGUAAACGUAAACAGUUGCAGUGUUUGUUUUGAUGUGAAGUUUUUGUUUACAGAUUUUAUUGUGUUUCUGUUAUCGGGUCAAAAACAUAUAUUCAGAGGGAAUUUUUUAAUUAGUUAAAGUAUUAAAAAUGAACAAGGACAAGCCAGUAUCAGAAGCCAAAUAUGAUCCUGGUGUUAAUCAAGAUGAUCUUAUUAUCCAGCAGCAAAGAGAAAUUGAGAAGGAAAUUUCAGAGUCGACAGAACUGAUUGGAAUGUUGGAGCCUGUUGUAUCAUUAUUAGAAGAAUACUCAGAUGAUGAUGUAUACAAACAGAAAGUGAAUGACCUGGUGGAAAAGUACAAAAGUAUUCGUCGGACACGUCCAGAUGGAAAUUGUUUUUUCCGUGCAUUUGCUUAUGCAUAUUUCGAGCACCUUUUAGACAAUAAGAAAGAGUACAAAAGGUUUCAGGAAGUUGCGCGGAAGAGCAAGGACGAUUUAGUAUCCCUUGGUUUUCCCCAGUUCACGGUCGAAGACUUUCACGACACUUUCAUGGAGGUGGUGGGGAAGGUGGGAAGUGCCCCGCAGUCCUUCUCGCAGACAGAACUGUACGAACUGUUCAAUCAACAAGGCUACUCAGACUACAUUGUGGUCUACCUCCGUCUCAUUACGUCAGGGCAGCUUCAGCGAGAGUCUGUGUUUUACCAAAACUUUAUCGAGGGUGGGCGUUCCAUAGAAGACUUCCGACACCAGGAAGUGGAGCCCAUGUACAAGGAAAGCGACCACAUCCACAUCAUCGCCCUGAGCACGGCUCUGGGCGUCGGCAUCCGAGUGCGGUACAUGGACCGGGGGGACGCGGCUGAAGUGAUAGCUCACGACUUCCCAGAGGGCUGCAGUCCCUUGAUACACUUGUUGUACCGCCCGGGCCACUACGACAUACUCUACUUGUGAGGGCUGAUUCCAGGGUGGUUGUGUGCAUGGAUGUGUGUGUGAUUGUAAUAGAGUUUAUCAUUUGCUUGGAUUUUUUUUUUUUAAAUAAAAGUGUAAUAAAUUGCCUGCUGUACUUUUACAGAAAAA